UAAAAUCGUUUGUACUAUAUCGAGUUUUUGCGUUAAAAAUUAUUUUGCAAAAUGGCUAAAUCGGAAGAAAAUAUAACAACGGUUUUAAAUUUAUUAUCAACUGAUAAUCCGGUAUUUUGUUGUUACUGCUUUUGGGGUAGCAUUUUGAUAAUAAAAAUGUUGCUGAUGUCGAUAUUGACGGCAAUGCGACGUUUUAGGAAAAAGUCAUUCGUUAACCCUGAAGACUUGGCCUUAAAUAAAGUAGCCGAACCUGUUCUUAAUGAUCCUGAUGUAGAACGUGUAAGAAGAGCUCAUCUCAAUGAUCUAGAGAAUAUAGUGCCUUUUAUGUUGAUUGCCUUGGCCUACAUAGCGAUAGGACCCAAACCAUUGGUGGCACGUUUGUUAAUACGUUUUUUUGCACUAGCACGAAUUCUACAUACGAUUGUUUAUGCAUUUCGACCUAUACCGCAACCAAUACGAGCAAUAGUAUUCUUUAUUGGCUUUUUUAUUACACUCUAUAUGGCGUUUUAUGCGAUGAUCAAGACGAUUGUGUAUAUUUAAUUAAGUAUUUUAUGUAUAAUUUAAAAAAAAAAAAAGUAUAUAAUUAAAAAGGGUAUAUGUGUUUAAAGAUAGAAGAGAGAGUGUGCGGUAAAAUAAUUUAACAAUAAAAAUAUUUUGUU